AUGUCUCACCUUGCCAGCGAGCCCGAGUUUGAGCAGGCCUACAAGGAGCUCGUCCUUACUCUCGAAAACAGCUCCCUCUUCCAGAAGAACCCCGAGUACCGCACUGCGCUCAAGGUUGUCUCGAUCCCCGAGCGUGUCAUCCAGUUCCGCGUCGUUUGGGAGGAUGAUGCCGGCAACCUCCAAGCCAACCGUGGCUACCGUGUGCAGUUCAACUCGGCUCUCGGCCCUUACAAGGGCGGCUUGAGGUUGCACCCCUCUGUCAACCUGUCGAUCCUGAAGUUCCUCGGUUUCGAGCAGAUCUUCAAGAAUGCGCUCACAGGCCUGAUGAUGGGUGGUGGCAAGGGUGGAGCCGACUUCGACCCCAAGGGAAAGAGUGACGCCGAGAUCCGCCGCUUCUGCGUCGCCUUCAUGCGCGAGCUCUCCAGGCACAUUGGUGCCGACACCGACGUUCCCGCCGGCGAUAUUGGUGUGUCGGGCCGCGAAAUCGGCUACAUGUUCGGCGCCUACCGCCGCGAGCGUAACAAGUUCGAGGGUGUCCUCACCGGCAAGGGCCUCGACUGGGGUGGAUCGCUCAUCCGCCCCGAGGCUACCGGCUACGGUUUGGUGUACUAUGUCACCCACAUGCUCGAGCUCGCUGGCGUCGGCAACUGGGAAGGCAAGCGCGUCGCCAUCUCGGGUUCCGGCAAUGUUGCGCAGUACGCUGCUCUGAAGUGCAUCGAGCUCGGCGCCACCAUCGUCUCGCUUUCCGACUCCAAGGGCUCGCUUGUGGCGGUUGGCGACGGCCACGUCACGGUUGAGGAUAUCGAGUCCAUCAUGGACUUGAAGGUGAAGCGCCAGUCGCUUUCUUCCUACACCACCAAGGGCAACCUCCAGUACAUCGAGGGCGUCCGCCCGUGGCUCCACGUUGGCCAGGUUGACGUUGCUCUCCCCUGCGCGACCCAGAACGAGGUCAGCAAGGAGGAGGCUGAGGGCCUGGUCGCCGCUGGCGCCAGGUUCGUUGCCGAGGGCUCCAACAUGGGCUGCACGCUCGAGGCCAUCGAGGUGUUCGAGAACGAGCGGCGGGCGAAGAAGGGCAAUGCCAUCUGGUACGCCCCCGGCAAGGCCGCCAACUGCGGUGGUGUCGCCGUCUCAGGUCUCGAGAUGUCGCAGAACAGCCAGCGCCUGGCGUGGACCAAGGAGGAGGUCGACCAGAAGCUGAAGGACAUCAUGAAGAACGCCUUCGACCUCGGUGUUGCGACCGCCAAGAACUACGUCGAGUCGAGCGAGGGCGAGCUCCCCAGCUUGGUCGCCGGUAGCAACAUUGCCGGUUUCGUCAAGGUCGCCCAGGCCAUGCACGAGCACGGUGACUGGUGGUGA